CUGACAGGAUGAGAACGCCUCUCACCUCAUACCGUGAUGCAACAGACAAAGCACGAUUACUGAUAUUCCGCAGUGCCGCGCGACGGCAUCAAGACUGCACGAUUCUGGGUUAUAAAAGGGGAAGGAUCUCUCGACUUGAUGUUUGUCUCACUCCCUAAUCACAGCAGAACUCGGAAAGAACAUCCUUCAGAUCUCCUCAACCACAGACAGCCAAGCACUUCUCCCGGCAGAUCAAACCCCCAAAAGAAAUCCCCAAAGACAAUGCAGUUCUCCAGCAUCAUCUCCCUCUUCGCUGCUGCUGCCGCUAGCGUGCAGGCCCUGCCCAGCGAGAAGCGCCAGGACGCCGCGCGCAUCUACGCCAGAUUCUACAGCGGCAGCGGCUGUGACGGGACGUGGGUCGAGGACACGGUGUGGCUCCAGGAGCCCGCCGGGACCUGCCUCGACGUCAACAUCCCCUUUGGCUACAACAGCACCCUGUUCGCCGACAACCUGGCCACCCGCACCCUGCGUGUCUACAACACUGAUAACUGCAACGAGUCUGGCAACUUCUACGAUGUCCCCGCUGGCAAUGAAAACUGCUAUGCCCAGCACAUUGAGAGCGUGAAGUUUCUGUAGAGGGUUGCCUCAAGAUAAGACAACUUCCGAGGUCAAAAGUUCUUCUGGGGCAUGUGGAGAUAUGAAAGGUAUGGGACAUUUUGGGCGAGGAUUCUUUGCUCUUAGAUUCUUCUAGAUGGGCGCCAACGCUCUGUUCUUUUCAUAGCAGUCACUUAAAAACAUCAAUUCCCGAGAACACCUGGUAUCGUCUCCUUGGCCAAUUUCUAUAUCGGACAAACGCGUAUAAGCCCUAAACAAUAAAUGAGAACAGGGCCAUGACUCAGAUGAUGUGGUUUUCAGGGGGGUUGUGCCGCUUCCAUGAGUAGUAAUAUCCUGGCUAAAGGAUUUGGAUACAGUGAUUGAACCUUGGGCGGUUCCCGAACAUACAGGAGUCCGGUUUUUUUUUUGUUGGAAAACCACGGCAUUUUGGUCAUCUAAACC